AAUUACAAAAUUUGGGUUCAAUAUUUGCUUUGUUCAUCUUCCUUUUAAAAAAAAAAAAUGGCGCAGUGACUGAAAACAGAGCUAAGGAAGAAGAACAAAAUGAAGAAGCUCAUCAGAGUGACGCCAUUUUCUCUCUCGUCCACCUUACUACGAACCCUAACUACUUAUCAUCAUUAUUCAACAUCAACAACAACUAAUUUCUCUUUGAAAAAUGUAACAAAAUCAAACUUCGAAGAAACCCUAAUUGACCUCACUACGCAUGUAAAAUCUGCCGAUUUUGUCGCCAUUGAUCUCGAAAUGACUGGAAUUACAAGCUCACCUUGGCGCGAAUCGUUCGAGUUUGAUCGGCACGAUGUUCGAUACCUUAAAAUGAAAGAUUCUGCUGAGAAAUUCGCCGUUGUUCAAUUUGGUGUUUGUCCAUUUCGAUGGGAUUCUUCGAAGAAUUCCUUCGUUGCUCAUCCGCAUAAUUUUUAUAUAUUUCCACGUCAAGUGCUUCCCGCUGAUGGCCCAUCAUAUGAAUUCCUGUGCCAAACAACUUCGAUUGACUUCUUGGCAAAAUACCAGUUUGACUUCAAUGCAUGCAUACAUGAAGGCGUGUCUUAUUUAUCUAGACGACAGGAAGGCGAGGCUUUGAGUCGCUUGAAUUCAGUAUAUAACGGGAAAUGGGCAAAUUCUAAUGAAGUUAGAGAUUUACCUUUGGGCAAUGUAGCUGAUAUUUUAUUCUCCGAACGGAAUAUUCGGCUCAGUGAUUGGCAUGAUAUGUUGCUACAGAACAGAAAUGCCGAGCUUCCAAGUGCUGUUGAAUCUAAACAACAAUUUGAAACCAUAUUUUUUAGUAUGCGUCCUGCUCUUCGAUUGAAUGGAUUUACUUCUCAUCAGCUGAAGUUGAUUGAAUUGGUUACAAGGAAGCACUUCAAGGAUCUUGUUUUUGUGUGUGCUCAUGACGGCAGUGCCAUCUUGCAGAAGCUUAUUGUUUUUGUAGAAUCUGACAAUGAUAAGAUCAACCUUCUGGAGGAGGUGAAGUAUGGGUCUCACCAGCAAGCAACUCGGAAAAUAAAAGCAGCUGCAGGUUUCCGGCAUGUCCUUGACCUUCUCGCUGCUGAAAAGAAGCUAAUUGUAGGUCACAAUUGCUUUUUAGAUAUGGCACAUAUUUACCAUAAAUUUUUUGGUCCUCUUCCAUCAACUGUUGAAGAGUUUGUUCUCGAGAUCCACAAGUAUUUUCCUCAUGUUGUCGACACGAAAAUACUUUUAAAUGCAGACACGAGCCUUCAAAAAUUCUUGAAUAAAGCCAGCACGUCAUUGGCCUCAGCAUUUUCUCUGUUGUGCCCUGAGAUAGCCUCCGGACAAUCCUCUAAUGGUGGUGUACAUCCAUGUGUGAAGGUGGAGGUCCAGGUUGAUGACAUGAGGUCCUCAAAUUGGAACUCUGGGGCUAAGCAUGAAGCUGGCUAUGAUGCAUUCAUGACUGGGUGUGUCUUUGCACAAGCAUGUCAUAAUCUUGGUGUUGAUUUUUCUUCUGAGAAUUUAAUAGCCAGUGAGAAUAUUCAUAAGUAUGCCAAUCUGCUCUAUCUUAGUUGGAACAGUGGAGACGUGAUCAAUCUAAGCACUGGUGAUAUGAAUGAAAUUCCCGUUAUCAGUUCAGCUAAAAGGAGGUUUCUUAACAUUUUGCAUCCUAACAUAGUUUUGAUUUGGGGAUUCUCCCCAAAACUCAAGGCAAGUGACAUAAAACAAUGCAUCUGUAAAGUGUUCGGUAUAUACUCAGUUGCUUGCAUCUAUAACUUGGAUGAAACUGCAGUAUUUGUUCAGUUUAGUAAGGCAGACUUGGCUGUUAACUUCCUUGCCUUGAAGGAUAGGUUAGAAACGAGUGAUGAUUCUAUCUCUCUCCUACAUCCUUUAUCAAAGUUGUUGGAAGGUGGGAAAACCUGUGCUGCUGGUUAUGAAGUUUAUAAGGAUAUCUGCAGCUCCUCGAUUUCAAAGGUCUUGUUUGCAGAGCAAGCUGAGGCUAUUGGAAUUAAUUGGAAGACCAGAUUAAUGGAGCCGGGGAUAGAUGGACAGAACCAAGAUCCAGAAGAAUUGACCGAGAAAACAGCAAUGUCAAUCCUAUCACCGGGGGCUUCCAAAUCGAAAAAAGAUGAUCGAAAAAGCUCCUCUAAGCAGAGUUUGUUUGACAAGAUAUCAUACACUUCUGGUUCUGAAGCCGACAGAGAGAUGAAAGUAAUUAAUUCUUGUAAUUUGUAGGGCUUAGUACAAUCAUUGGAAGCUUAGCCAAUUUGAUUAGAUUUCUCAAAUUCAUACUCGAGUAAAAUAUACCCCUGUAUCAUUUCAACAGUUGUAUUCUUGGCAAUAAUAGAAGAAAAUUUUGAUA